UUUUGCUACCUAGGGAACAUGGGUCGGGUGAUUUCAUUUCCUAAGUUGUAUUUCGCACCUUUCGCACUUCAAUUCGGUUAUAACCUGGACGCACUUAUCAAUGCGCUCAGGUAUCAAGUUAAUUUAUUCGGAGAUAAGAAUGUCGGGGUCGGAAGGAAUGGGCUUCUUGAAUGUACCACUUACUGGGAGGGGAGACCACCAGCCAAGAAUUGAUUAUAAGGUAAGACUCGUAUUUCACUCCCCCCACACGAGAGGGACCUCCCCCUUUCUAUGAACAUGGAAGACAACCUGCACGGGAUCAUCGAUAUCAAAGAUCGGCGGCGGAUCCAGAACCGGCUGUCGCAACGCAAACGACGAGAGCGCUUAAAGCAGAAAGAUAACGACAAAGAUUCUCGCGAGCUUGGCUGUCCGGAUGGCCGCGCUUCCUCGACCUUGAGCUCCCGUGCCCCCAGUGAACUUGACCAAGCUAUAGUCGGAGGGCCGGAGAUGAGCAUGAACACCACCACAAUGGCUCCGGAGCUUCUAGAAGACUGUGUUCUAUUUACCGUCGAGCACUUCACUGAGCCGGCUAUGAAUCUAACUGCAGACGGGGCGCUCCUCGACUCUACGCAGGCCGAUCUUCCGAAUUAUCACCGGCCCAGUAGGCGUGAUUUGUCCAGGCCUGAGGAAUAUCACAGGCCAAAUAACUCAGCGGGUGACCACUGCUUCUGGAAAAAGACAAACAAAUCGACCCGAAGCCCACGCCGGCACGUGCACCCAGGCGACAGACCAUUGUCCAUCCUGAAAUGGAAAGCUGAUCGGAUUAUCGACCAAGUCCUUUCCAUGUAUCAAUUUAGCGUACAGUUGGAGAUUGUUGAGGAAGACCCAACUAUUGUUGAUAUCAUGGAGAGAGUCCGGGCACGGUUUCAGGAGUUACGGCCAUAUCCCCUGUCAGUUGAGGAAGAAUAGCCCACGGCCUUUUCAUUCUAGUACUAGUGUUCGUUAUCCGUUCAUUGCAAUAAUACAAUUUUACCUGGUG